AUGCACCACAGUGUUUCUCUCACCACCAACUUUGUCAAAAAUUUCUUCCCAAACAACGGACUCACACAAGCAUCACAACAAUCAAGUAGUGUUGAGCCAGAGCCAGCUGUACUCCACCAACAACAACAACCAGAACAACCUGAACAACAACAACUUCCACAACAACCUGAACCAACAAUGAAUUCAUCAAUAACCACACAAGUCUCAUCACCAAUUAAUAGAAGUGUUGAAGAAUCUGCACCAGUAGAGUCACAGCCUGUUGCUGCUGUUGAAAAGAAGACUGUUUCUAUUGAAGAUUUUAAUUUGGCUAAAUUUAAAUAUGAACAAUUGAAGAAUCAACAAAAUAGACUUUUGGAACAUUUACAAGAUGCCAGAGUUGAACAUUUGGAAGAAGAAAUUUCAAAACUCGAUAAAUUAAUUCCACAUCAUCGUACUAUUCAAUCCUAUGGAUGUCCAACACAAAGAUCUGAUUUGAUUAAUUGUUUCAAGGCUAACAAUACACCAUACGGAACUCUUAAUUGUUCACACCUGGUGAAGGAGUUCACAAAGUGUGCUCAACAAAAGCGUAGAGAAUUUUUAGGUAAUCCUGACCUCUAAAUCCUGUAAUGAUGAUGAUAACAUAUUCUUCAUUAGGUUGAAAUAAAGGUAUCAUGAAUUUUCAAUUUUAUUUGUAAACCUGAUAAUCAACAUUUGAUUUCUAUAUCAAUUUACUCAGAAUUAUUUCAAAUUAAUACCAAUAUAAUAGUUAUUUAAUUCA